UGUAUAUGUAUGUGUGUGUGAAGGGUUUUUCAGUGUCUAUGAUGUGUCGUCUCUUCGCUGCUCAUUUAUUAUUAACAGAACCCCCACCCGUUUCUGUUCUUCAGAGAGUCUGACUGACUUGUUGGUUGCCGCUGCUGCUACAUUUUUCGCUUACUCCUUCGUUUUACCUUGUUUUGUAGAGGUUUGUUUUGUUCAUAUUUUUCCACCUCAUUUCGCGGUGUUUAAAAAUAUUCAUUUCUACGCAAACAUUCCCGCUAACCGCUUAAUUUAAUUUACGAAAAAAGACCCAAGGAACGAAUUCCUCAGACACCUUCAUAAACACAACAGAAAUAGUAGCAUAAUGGCUGAGCAAUAUGAUUUAGUAAUUGAAUUUCUUUCCGACAACUGGCCACACAUCACCAUGGUGUUGGCUCUGAUGCUGGUCGUUUAUUUAUUCGUCUUCAAGCGAAUCCACUGCUAUUUGCCUUAUAUAACACGCAAGACUAUCCACGGAUCAUUAAAUUCCGAAAUGACGUUUCAGAUGUCGAGGCUUUUCCAUCCUUUGAAAGUGGAACAAUUAAAAUUAGAUCGACCCCUGGAAAUCUUGGACCUUAGUGGUGCCAGCAGCCGGAUCGAUUAUUUCCCCACGGACUCUCACGUAACCAGCAUGGAUUCGAACCCUUUCAUCAGGGCAUAUAUGGAAGCAAAAGGAGUGGAAUGCAAGCAGGCAAUUUUCAAGGAAUUUAUAGAAUCCUCAAUCGAUGAUUUAGAAGAUUUGGAAUCCGAAAGUUUCGAUUCUGUCGUAUCAUUUCAGACUCUCUGUUCUGUUGGGGAACCAGAAAUUGUUUUGCAAGAAAUCCUACGAAUUCUUCGACCUGGCGGUACAUUUUAUUUCUUUGAACAUACCAAAUCCAAACUGCUGACUUUUCUCCGGCUGCGUCAAUAUUUCUGCUGCAUUCUGUGGUAUCUCCUCUUUGGCCGAUGUCGUCUUCUCCGUGACACUUCCCAACAGGUCGAACAGGCUGGAUUUUCUACUUAUUCCUACGAGAAGUUAAAUCAUUCAACCUUUUACACUGUCCAAUCUCCGACCAUAUUUGGUGUUGCCACAAAAUAACUUCACCCAAAACUUAUUUUUUAUUUCUGUUUUCUCAAUUUUUCUUUUUUUUUU